CUAUUCGACAAUGACAACGAGGGCCAUUUCCAAGGAAACGAACACGAGUACAACGAAAGCGAGGAAGGAGGUAUCCGGAUGAAUCAGAGGUCAUAACUGUCACACUGUGUGGGACCUUGUCUAAGCCCAGUUUGAUGAAGAGGGGAGCUUAGAGUGAAUGAGUGGAUGGCGUUUGAUGCAGUUUAGAGGAGGACAGUUGUCGCAGUAUCACUCGUCACACCGUACCAAGUAGAUUCGUACCGUCAACCAUGUGUGUCAGAUAGAAGCACGUUAUGGUACAUUGCGCAUCUCGACCAAGAGAUAUGUGGGUAGAAAUCUAGUUAGUGUUGACCCUUUGCCACGUUGACUAGUGUAUCUGACCAUCGCGAACUCCGCGACUCGGUACAUUUCCAACUAAAUCCUUCAGCCCACCCGGUGGGUGGGAUCAUCGAAAUUCAGGAGUUGGUCUUGAUUUCUCGGUCUCUGUUCAUCGCUCCUCUCGUGUCAGGUGUACCUUGACGAUCACGUCCUGUCGGCACCGCGACACCACUUCCCGCAGUGCCAAAUUCAGCAUUCGGUUGCGAUAACGUUGUCCAACCUCUGAUUUCUCCGAUCGUCAAGGGAAAUUGUCUUCCGCCACAUCUAACGAUCAUCCAAGUUCCGACUCACUUGCUGAAGAAAUAAAGCUCGCCAAGAUCGGCUGUGUUUCAUGAAGGCAAUUAUGUUUCAGCGGAAAUGUCAAUCGUCUGAACUACCCAACCCAAAAUGGAUCUCGAGAUUUUUCAUCAGUUUGUCAUAGGAUUAGUUUGAUGGCCCACACCAACUCUUGGAAAAUUCGCUGAAGAUGAUAUAAUCAAGUUGACAUCAACUCAAGAAGCUUUAGUGCUUAGUGUAAUGUACCUGGGUGUGGGCAUUGGUACAAUCAUACCGUUGAUCUCAAUGGAUAGAAUUGGGAGAAAAUUGACACUGCUAUUUGGUGCUCUACCCAAAGUGUUCAGUUGGAUUGCAAUCGGUCUGGCUAACAGUCCCAAUACUCUCUGCAUCGGUAGAAUUCUAGCUGGAAUUGGCUGUGGUAUCACCUACACAGUUGCUCCAAUGUACAUCGGUGAGAUCAGCAGUAGACGUACGAGAGGACCUCUUGGUACCAUGAAUGCUGUUUCACUGAAUCUAGGAAUUCUAUUCAUCUACACUGUUGGUCUAUGUGUCAGUCGUUUCACGAUGGCGAUGAUCAGUCUUGCUGGUCCUGUACUAUUCAUCGUAUCAUUUAUAUGGCUGCCCGAGAGUGCGGUUUAUCUCACCCAGAAGAAUCAACUGGUACGGGCCGAAGAGGUCCUCAAGUGGACACUUGGCAAGGAAAAUGUCCAGAAGGAAUUUGAGGAAGUGAAGAGAAUUGUCUCCUUCGAGGAUAAGACCAGGGCCAUUGGAUUUUUCGCUACAUUGAAGAAGGCAUCGAAAUGUCCUGCUAACAGGCGAGCAUGCUGGAUCCAACUCAUCCUGAGCAGUGCCAUUGGUGUCACUGGUGCAGCACCAAUCCUCUCCUUUCAGUCUCAUAUCAUGAAACAGGCGGAAUUUGAUGGUGUUGAUUUUACUAUAAUUGCAACGGGAGUCGCUGUCGUUAUUUCCGGAAUAGUCUGCAUGGCAGUUGUUAAGUUCACUGGAAAAAGAAGACUCCUGCUGGUGUCUGGUCCACCAUUCUUCGGUUCACUUGCCGUCCUCUCCAUCUUCUUCACACUUUUGGAAUACGGAGUUGAUGUAAAGGGUUUUAACUGGAUACCGAGUGUUUUUAUCAUCAUCUAUAUUAUCGUUUUUGGUUUUGCAUUUAAUCCACUGCCAAUAGCUUAUCUGGGGGAAUUAUUCUCAAUUGAUAUGAAGGUCAUUGCUGGAGUGUGCGCUGUUUUGUACUACGCAAUUACAACAACAGUGACGAUAGAAAUUUAUCAGAAAUUGUUUGAGACAUUUGGGACGUUUGCAGCAAUGUGGCAACUGACUGUGAUCACUUUUAUUAUCUGGUGUUUGAUUUGCGUAUAUGUGCCAGAAACAGAAGGAAAGAGCUUAGCGGAAAUACAGACAAUGCUCAGUGAAGGAUUUGUGAAGCGAAGGGAGAAAGAGAAUAAGGGAAAAGCCAGUGAAAUAGAGGCUGUCGAUAUCGGAGUAUAUUCUUUGAGCAAAGUCAGUGUAGUACCGACUUUGAACAAUCCAAUCAAUUAAAGUUAAAGUAACUUUUCCAAUUUUCCUUCUCUUCAUUCCCUUUUUAUACUGUUGAAAACUAACCAAGGAUUUAAUAAAAUGUUUCCAGACUCA